ACAAUUUGCAUUCGGAGGACGGAGGGUGCUCCAAUUGGAACGUACAAGCGUGAGGAGGAACUUGUUUUUUGUAUUUACAGAGCUUCUGUACAGUCACGUUGCUUUUUUCUGUUAGUUCUGGCAAACUGGAGUUAUGGCUUGAGGCUGUUGUCGGGGUCCUUUUGAAGGAUUCAAAGGAUUGUUUUGAUUAUGAACAGGUCUUUGAGUUUACGUUUAUCGCGAAGACAUGGCAUUCAUCUGUACAGCUAUGCGGUGGAGGCAGGAACACUACCACCAAAAGUGAAGAAGGGGAGGACGAAAAGCAAGCUGGGAAGCCGGAAAGCUUUUAGUUUAGAGGAAAACCAGCUUGAGACUCAACAGCAGACCAAGAGUCUGAGCCGGCCGGUCCAGCUCAGGUCUCACACUCUUGAUGUGGAAAGGCCAUUAGAAAGAAGCGAGAGCCUCAACUCUAGAAGUAGUUUUAUAAAGCACAACAAAACAUUCCACAAACUCUUCCCAGAAAUCCCAGAAAAUGAAGAUUUACUACAUGCCUACAUCUGCGCCUUGCAGAAGGAGGUGCCUUAUCACGGCCGACUGUAUAUCACCGACACCAACGUGUGCUUCUUUUCGUCUGUGCUGCUCAAGGACACCAAGGUGAUCAUCCCGGUUUCACAUGUAAUCGUUCUGAAGAAGCAGAACACAGCGCUGCUCGUGCCAAACGCCAUUUCUGUCCGAACCACGGAAGGCGAGAAGUAUUUAUUUGUGUCCUUAAGGAAUAGAGAAGGAUGCUACAAGCUGCUACGAUCCGUCUGCCCUCAGCUAGAGGAAGGAAGUGCCAACAGCAGCCCUCUCUUCUCCUCGCCUGAGAACAGCUUCGACCAGAGCAAACUGGUGCAGAACUCGAGUCAGUCCAGUUUAGACGACUCGUACGAGGUGGACGGAAGUCGUGUUUCUCCUGGCCUGGAGAUUCCUGUGUCUAGACUCACUAGAGAAAAUGCAAUUGUUGGAAAUCCCUCGGCUACAAAAAGCAGCGAACAAGAGACAGACGACAGCUCCAGUGAGGAGUUUACCGGAGGUUCAUGGGUUUGGAACGUGACGGGCAGAGCUCGAUCGCUCCUCAUCCAAAGAGAAGUCAGCAACCUCAACACUCUUCUCCUCAUCUACCUGAUUCUGGUUUUCCUACUACUCCUGUCUUCUGGAUAUAUUGGCUUGCGUAUCGUGGCCUUAGAGGAGCAACUGAGUUCUCUUGGUGCCCUGCCCGAAUUUACCUUACAGAGCGGGUACAAAGGAACAUAGCCCGACAUCAGUAAGAUGAUGCGUUCCAUCUGAUCUCCGGAGGGCUUUUGUAAAGGAUCCACCAAAAAUCACUUUGGAUCUCACUUUUCUUGAGGGUCCCUUAUCUGCCUGAAGAAAUUUUAAUAUGCACAUGCCACAACCAUCCAACACCAAAUCUUUAUAGUCUUUGUUCCAAUAAAACAACCGGAGAGCAUUUUCACACACAGGAAGGUGACAGUUUGAAGAAAAGACAAGCGUGUCUUUACCUGCGGCUGCAAAAAUACUUUCGGAUUUCAUCGGCUUUGCAGCAAUCCGACCUUAACAACCAAAGACAACCGGUUUGUCUCUGAAUGGCAUAAAGAAACGGGUUUUACAGAGGGAAAGCAUUUCAUUUGUCGUGAGGCAUUGUUGGUUUGCCUUUCUGAAUUUCAUCUGGAAUGGAAAGUUUAGUUUUGACGAUGUCAUCGCAGCAUAACCAAUGACUUUACUUACUAUUUUUCCAAAUGUUCAUAUUUUGUUGGCUUGCUCUUUGCAUCUUGUUCUGUGGUGGCUACGUCUUUUAGACAAAUGUCCUCCUUUCUUAUUUUUCACUCUGCUAGUUAUAUGUAAGGGUUGCUAUUUUUAAACCUUGUCUUGGUUUAUCGAUUUGAAGAAAAGGCAAGCUAGCUAGUCAGUUAGGCUAAGCUAGCCGUUCAACCCCUUAGUAUUACUGUAUGUAUAGUCUAUGCACAAAAAAUGCUCAGAUCAGGUAUUUAACGGAAAAAUUUGUAGCUUUUUUCUUUCUUCGUUGGUUUUCCUUUGUGUUUUAUACUUGGGAAGAGUCGGAAGUGCAUGAACGAAACAUGCUCUUUCUUAUCCAAACUGUUAAACUAAAAAAAGAGAAAAACAUUGUAUCUUAAAACAGAUGUGGCACAGGGCGUUGUCAGAUUUACAGCUUACAUUGCGUGCUUGCAUGUGUGCGCCGAACAAAAGGAGCAUUUCCAUUCGGCACGGCGUCAGAUAACAAUACUUGAGAUGUUUUGCGUUUAACGAAAACGAAACGCUCCAAAAUAUGCAUGAAUUUGCGCGUAUGUGUGUUCUUAUAAAUAUGUUGCAAUAUGUUAAGGGGAUUGUUUGUGGAGUGAGAGACGUGUAGAUGUUUGAGUAAUAGUGCACUUUAAAGUGUGAGGGCAGGGGGCGCUGUUGUGCGGAGUUGGGAAAAAGCGGUCUGUGAAAGUUCGUUCGUUCUGGGGUAUUGGAUGUGCUAAGACGCUCUCGCUCAGGGCUAGAACAACCUCCGGGAGUCCUCUCGCAAUGCAUUGUGGGAACGCUGCGUGUCGAUUUUGUUGCGUUAGCAGACACGAUUUGCCGCUUUUUAUUGUCCGCAAAUCCUUCAGGCACUCUAUACGCAUUGCGUACGCAGAACUCCACAAGAAUUCACACAAGUGUUUGUUGAUGCAUUUAAUCUGCAAAUGCUUGUUAAACUAACUAUUGGAAUUCGGAUUGUAUAAUUCUCAGGAGUGCGCAGUUGUGGAUUGAUUUGCACAAUUGUUGUUGAAGCAGAGGGGCAUUGCAUCAUACGGUCCCUUCAAAACUGUCUAAUAACCACAAUGCAAAAAUACUUUCUUAAAUCGUGUUUAUAUUGCACUAUUAAAGUGUUGAAGUUAUUGUUUUUGUAUCAAUUUGUUGUCGUUAAAAAAAAUCAUUGUUUGGUCUAUUUAUUGUCUAAUGUUGUAAUUCAAAGUAGUCUCUGUGAGACUGGUUUUGGAAAUUGUUUGAAUAAAUCAAGUGGUACGGAAA